AUGUUGUUACUUCUCAACAAUUUUUGUUUAUUUUUAACAACAAUUAUUUUCUUUACAUUUUCAACUAUUUCUUUGUGUUGUAGGAAAAAGAGAAAGUUAAAUAAAGCACCAACAUCAAAACAAACAAGGGCUGACGUGAGAAAUGAAAAUACAAGAUUCUUUAAAAGUAAAAAACCUUCCUUUAAUUUAAAAAUUAAAUUCUUUCUUUUUUUUGAAGAAUGGCCUGAAGAACAUGUAAAUCCGGAUAAAGUUGGGUAUGAUACACUUUCUGGUAUAAACAAAGAAGAAGUAUUUCCAAUCCGAACAGAAAGAGAUUAUCAACAAAAACUCCCCCCAACAAAAUCUUUGGCAACCUCCAAAUCCUCAAUUUGGAUUGCAACAAGAAGUUAUUAUGGGGAUGAAGAGGAAGAAAAAACAAAAAAUGAUAACCAUUCUACUUAUAUUAAAAAAGAACAAUCACCAAAAACACGUUUAGGAAAGAAGAAAAAGAAAAAAACAAAAGAAAACAAAAAAGAAGAAAAAUUGGCAAAAAUUAAGAAAAAGAGAAGAAAAGAUAAAGAUUAA